CGUAGUUCAUUGAGUUGCCGUUGUUUGCUGUGUUCGUGUGAUCUGUUCGAGCCACCGGCUGAAAGGAUGAUUACUCUAGUUGGUUCGUGGUGAUUACUGCAGAUUUAACAUCAAGGUGUUAGUCACUGACCGCAAAACUAUCUUCACCUUUUAUUGUACAUCUGUGGCCCUACCUUUCUCUGCCAAUACACCGUCUAAAACUGAUCACCUGUCUCCUCAUUAUUGGUGCUCUGACCGGCACCCAGGGGGGUUUACUCAUCAACUACACAAUCAGAACCUCAUAGUCCAAAGUCUCUCUAACAAAGUGGUCCUUCGAGCCGGAUGAGUAUUCCCUGCUGAUAUAAUGGAUCCUGAUGAGGAGAUAUUUGGAGGUGCUCGCCCUAAACGCCACACACGUCCUCCUGCUUACCUACAGCAGUAUGAAGUACAGUAUACUCGAGGCAGACCUGUUGCUGAGUGUGAUGUCCCUCACCCCUGGGAGGCACCUGUCCAUCGGACUCCUCCCCCAUCCUUCCAGCCAUACACCACUCCCCCUGGUGGAGACCUGGUCUGUUCUAAUGGCUCACAGAUCAUGUCCUCAGUUUAUAAGCCUUCACAGCAUGCUCAAUGCCAUCAGCCAUAAUUCUCCUUACCUCAAGCGGCUGGUUUCAUUACCUCUGCACACGACAGCGAGCUACAGCACCUGCAUCAUGAACAUGCACAACUAAUGCAGACUCAUCAGGCCUUCCAGGCAGACCUGAAGGAGCUGAGAGAGGUCCGUGCUGAAGUCAGAGAAUUAGUUCAAGUGGCUCAGUCCCUUCGAGCUGACCUUAGUCAAGCUAGAGGCCAGAAUCUCUCACCAGCACAGCCACCGGCGUUGCAGUUAUCCAGUACUCCUGUGAGGCGGUAUGAAUCCACACCUUUAGCGGAGGAUGGAAACUUUGCUGAACUUCCUCCCCCGCCUUGGCCUGAGCCUUAUGUUGACUUGAGGAACCGGGUGGGUGACCUUGCACUAUCGGACAUGGGUGCCACUACCUACCAACCUGUGGUGCCAGAGACUAGAAAGUAUUCCUUUGUGUUCCCAGCUACUGAAACACUCCCUUCUCAGCCUUAUGCUCCUGACACUUGUGGGUUUCCCCCACCUCCUACCCCUAAAGAGCUUCGAGAGUUACUCACAUCUGCGGCCAUGCCCUUACCUGCUAACCGCACAACCGUGCCUGUUUCUCCGCAAUUCAGUUCAGUACCGGCUCAUUCGAAUCCUACAGUCUUUGCAUCAAAGGCAGAGCCCGGCCUACAUCCUGUAGCACCUUAUUCUGGGUCUGAAUAUGUAUACAGGGGACCUUCUCCUUCGAUUCCUAAGUUCAGCCGGCCUGAUCCUGGUGAGUUUGCUCGUCUCCGGAUAGCUCUGAAGAACCUGCUUCCUCCCAACGGGACUGAACUUUUCAAAUAUCAGAUCUUGGUGGAUCACCUUAGGUUUGAGGAGGCUAGAAUGAUAGCGGAUGCUUACCUGAACUCACCUACCCAAUUCACUGAUAUGAUGGCAGCUCUUCAUGAUAAAUUUGGCCAACCGCAUCAGCUAGCCUUAAGGAAGAUUGCUAGUGUCCUUGAGAGCCCUGACAUAAAACGCGGUGAUAUCUCAGCCUUCCAGAGGUUUGCUCUCCAGGUGCAGUCACUAGUGGGCCUCUUGAAAACCCUGGGACGUGACGGUGAGCUGGAGCUGAGUUGUGGGUCCCACGUUGCGCGCCUCCUGAGUAAGCUCCCCCCUGAGCAGCGAGCUGAGUUUCGCAGCCAUAUGUUCCGCCAACCUGGCACAACCCCUAAUCUGGCUGACCUUUCAAACUGGCUCCGUUACGAAACUUGGUGCCACAGUUACAAUACCAAGCCGAUGUCUAAGGGCUCACAUGCCAAGUCAGAUUCUGGGAAGAGGACUGUGACCAUCCUGCAUGGGGUUGGAGAAUUCCCGGUUGAGACUUCUGCUCCUCGGGAAGGUCCUGUUUCACAAAUCAAACCUGCCAAAGUGAAACGUUAUUGUCCUUUCUGUGAUAAGACUGAGCAUUACCUGGGCCAGUGUGCAUCCUUUGCUAAGCUUACUAACGACCAGGUCAGGACAUGGAUUCGUAGUAACAACCGUUGUUGGCGUUGUGCUAGGGCACACCAUGCUGCUCAAUGUGACCUUAAAAAGCCCUGCAACAUCUGCCAAGGCAUCCAUCUCCGCCCUCUUCAUGAGGUGAAUGUCAGUCCAUCCCAGAAGGAGGAUUCAACUAACAUGGAGAAGAGCUGCCUGACGAAUUCCUCCCCAGAUAGGUUCCUCCUGGAUAAACCCUCUGUCAAAGGGCGGGUUAUGCUCAAAGUGGUUCCAGUGCAUCUGCAUUAUGAAGAUCGAACCUUGGACACCUUCGCUCUUCUCGAUGAUGGGUCAGAGAAGACCAUUCUGCUCUCCACUGCAGUUAAGGCCUUGGGCAUUCAGGGUGUCCCAGAAGACCUUCCGUUGCGGACAGUGAGAGAUGAUAUCCAGGUCAUUCAGGGUUGCUCUAUUUCCUUUCACAUCUCUCCACAUUGUAAACCUCAGACCAGUUAUAAGAUCAAUCAUGCCUUCACUGCCGAUCGUCUUAACCUGUCUCGCCAAUCUUACCCUGUAGAACAGCUACAACAGAAGUACAGGCAUCUGCGUGGUCUCCCGAUCCGUACACUUACGGAUGUCCAACCUUUACUUCUCAUCGGCUCUGAUCAGCCCCAUCUCAUAACCCCAACCGAGCCUGUUCGAUGGGGCGGCCGGGGCGCACCAGCUGCAGUUCACACACACCUAGGAUGGACGCUCCAGGGUCCUAUACCUUCUAUGGGGUGUCCUCCUACCCCACGGCAAUGCCUGCUAACCUCCAUGGUUCCAAUUCAUGACGAGCUACUUCAGAAUGUUCAACGACUGGCAGUUGGAUACAGUUCCACAGUGGGAGGGCAAAGAGGUAACCCGGUCCAAGCAGGAUCAGGAGGCACUUCAGCUGCUUGACCGUAAGACUCUUAUCCUGGAAAUGAAGGAAAUACAUCGGUUAGCUACACCCCUGCUGCGGCGAAAGGACAUGCCUUUGUUGAAUGCACCUAAAGAAUCAGUCAAAGGGAGUUACAGGAAGCGUAUGCCGCAUUGGUUCCUGAUAUACAGCGUCAGCUUGCCCGCCAAAAGAUCCACUUCCACUUUAAUCCUCCAUCAGCCCCUCAUUUUGGUGGAGUUUGGGAGAGGGAAGUAAGGUCAGUUAAAUCGGCCUUGUACACAGUUUUGGGUUCACAGUCAGUUCCAGAGGAAGUCUUAAUGACAGUCUUGCUGGAAGUAGAGGCCAUCUUGAACUCAAAACCCUUGGGGUAUGUAUCGUCAGAUGUGGCAGAUGCUGACCCGGUGACGCCAAACAGUCUCCUCAUGGGGCGGCCCGAUGGAUCUCUGCCUCAAGUCGUUUACCCUGAAUCAGAGAUGUUGAGUCGCCGGCACUGGAGACAUUCCCAGAUUCUAGCAGACCAAUUCUGGUCCAGGUUCAUACGAGACUACCUCCCUAGCCUCCAAACCCGGCAGAAAUGGCAAGCCUCUCCUCCCAACCUAAAGGAGCAGACAGUUGUUAUGAUU